AUGCCGCCAACAUCGAGGAGUUCAUGGCUGCGGGUGCCCCGGCCCAAGACCUUCCUCGGCUUCAUGACCCUGCAAACCGGCACCGAACUAAUCUCGACCGCCCUCAUCUUCAACAAAGCGACCGGCCUCUACGGCCUCCUCACCCUCUUCACGGGCUACUCACUCUCCGCACUCCAAGUAACCGCCUACCUGGGCUCGGUCCUCGUGCUGGCCGCCCUGGCCAUCUGUCUGCCGCACGUGCGCAAGCAGAGCCCCCUGCCCAACCUCGCGCUCGCGUGGGUCUACGCCGUCGACACGCUGGUCAGCGCCGCGUACACGGCCGCGUUUGCUACGGCGUGGUACCUGGCCGAGUUCCAUGAUACUAAGGGCCCUGCGGGCGCCGAGGACGAUGUGGCGACGUCGCCGAGAAAUGCGGGCCAGGUGCAGCACGAUGCGGGGCAGCAGGCGCUGGAGAAGGCGGGCACGGGCGUGCAUGACACGGCGGCGAGCAUGGUGUUGAUUGUGGGGUUUACGCUGGUGCGGGUCUAUUUCAGCCUGGUGGUCAUGGCGUAUGCGCGUGUGGUGCUGCUGCGCUUUGUGGACGAGAGCAUGCCCGAGGCGGAGGAGGUCACCGGCGUGUCGCCGGAUCCGUUUGCCGUCGGCGCGCCGCUGGGCGAGGGGUGGAGGGGCAAGCUGGGCAGGGGGAUGGUGCGUGUUGGGAGGGGGUAUUGGCUGGGUGGCAAGAAGGAGGAUGAGGAGUGGGCGCGGCAGGUCAAUUCCAAGUUUAGGAGUACCAGGCAGUGA